AUAAGUUAGCAUGGUGACGUGCUCGGCCCUUUUCUGACGUCCCCUAAGGACUUAUUGGACACUAUCGUGGCUUGUUUAAGGGUGUUUGGGGGCCGUUUGAACUUCUCUGACGUCUGCCCUCGACGUGUUUUGACAAAAAAGGGAGGCGGCGGAGCAAGCCCUCGGCAGCCAUCUUUGAAAGUGCCUGCCGCUGCGAGGGUGUUUCGAGCCUUCUGGCAACCCACUCACUUCUUUUCGCAGCCAUCUUUGGAGCCGCCUGCCGCUGGGAGUGAUUCCGGCAUUCUGGCAACCCAGUCACUUCUUUAGGGUGGGGAUUUUUUUUUCUUUUUAAAUGAACUGCGUUGUCUUCACGUUGCCAUCGUUUGACAGUUUAAAGAACUGCAAGAAUCCGACGCGCUAAUUCGCCACCGUGGAGAUGACAAGAAAGUUGUGACCACGUAUGAGACCGCUGUCCUGCAGAUGAGCCGUCGGUGGGGGCUACCUAGUCGCUGUCGCAGACCCAGAUAGUUUGGCGGCAGCGGCAUUUCCCCCCACCCCCCCACCCAUCUCUCCAUUAUGCCCAAUAGCAGUCGGGCGGGGAGCCUGAAGGACCCCGAAGUUGCUGAGCUUUUCUUCAAGGAAGAUCCGGAGAAGUUCUUCACAGAUCUGCGUGAGAUAGGACAUGGCAGCUUUGGAGCUGUGUAUUUCGCACAGGAUGUGCGAACUAGCGAGGUGGUGGCCAUCAAGAAAAUGUCUUACAGUGGAAAGCAGUCCAGUGAGAAAUGGCAAGACAUUAUCAAGGAGGUAAAAUUCUUGCAAAGAGUACAACAUCCAAACAGCAUUGAGUACAAAGGCUGUUACCUGCGAGAGAACACUGCAUGGCUGGUGAUGGAGUAUUGUCUAGGCUCUGCUUCCGAUCUAUUAGAGGUUCACAAGAAACCCCUUCAAGAAGUUGAAAUAGCUGCAAUAACCCAUGGUGCUCUUCAAGGUUUGGCUUAUCUUCACUCCCACAACAUGAUUCACCGAGAUAUCAAGGCAGGAAACAUCUUACUGACGGAGCCAGGCCAGGUAAAACUCGCAGAUUUUGGCUCAGCCUCCAUCGCCUGCCCAGCCAACUCUUUUGUUGGGACACCAUAUUGGAUGGCCCCUGAGGUGAUCUUGGCUAUGGAUGAGGGCCAGUAUGAUGGGAAGAUAGACAUCUGGUCUUUAGGAAUAACUUGCAUUGAAUUAGCUGAGAGGAAGCCUCCACUUUUCAAUAUGAAUGCAAUGAGUGCCUUAUACCAUAUAGCACAAAAUGAGAGCCCCAUGCUGCAGUCCAGUGAAUGGACUGAGUAUUUCAGAAACUUUGUAGAUUCUUGCCUACAGAAAAGUCCACAAGAUAGGCCAAACUCCGAGGAGCUCUUGAAGCAUGCGUUUGUCCAACGUGAGCGUCCUGAAUCAGUUUUAAUGGACCUUAUAAAUCGGACGAAAGAUGCGGUGCGAGAGCUGGACAAUUUGCAAUAUCGCAAAAUGAAAAAGAUUUUGUUUCACGAAGCCCACAAUGGCCCCACCAUUGAAGCUCCAGAUGAAGAGGAGGAACCAGAACACAGUGUGGGUAGAACGGGUACCGUGAACAGUGUGGGGAGCAACCAGUCCAUUCCGAGUAUGUCAAUUAGUGCCAGUUCCCAGAGCAGCUCUGUCAACAGUCUGACAGACGCCGGCGAUGACAAAAGCGAAGUGGACAUGGAGGGAGACCACACAGUCUUGUCUAACAGCUCUGUCAAACAUCUCAGACGGGAGAAUGCAGCUAAUAAUCAAGAUUCAGAACCCCACACUCGGUCAAAUGAGCCUCAGUCCCAACCCGCAAACCCUCCUCGGCCAAAACGGAACCGAGAACACUUUGCAACAAUUCGCACAGCCUCAGUGCUCACUCGCCAGAUUAAGGAGCACGAGCAGGACUCUGAAUUGAGGGAGCAAAUUUUAGGCUACAAGCGCAUGCGACGGCAGCACCAGAAGCAGUUGAUGGCCCUGGAGAACAAGCUGAAAACAGAGAUGGAAGAGCACAGACUACGCCUGGACAAGGAACUGGAGAACCAGAGGAACAGCUUUUUUCAGGAGAUGGAUAAACUGAUCAAGAAGCACCAAGGGUCCAUAGAGAAAGAUACAAAAACAUUUAGCAACGAUGAGAAGAAAUUCCAACAACACAUUCAGAGCCAGCAGAAGAAGGAACUUAAUAGUUUCCUCGAAUCACAGAAACGGGAGUACAAACUUCGCAAGGAACAACUCAAAGAGGAGUUGAAUGAAAACCAAUCAACACCUAAGAAGGAGAAGCAGGAGUGGUUGUCCAAGCAAAAGGAGAAUUUCCAACACUUCCAAGCAGAAGAGGAGGCCAACUUGCAGCGCAGACAAAGGCAGUAUCUGGAACUGGAGUCCCGCAGGUUCAAACGUAGGAUCUUGAUUGCUCGCCACAACAUUGAGCAGGACUUAGUGCGUGAGGAGCUUAACAAACGGCAGACUCAGAAGGACUUGGAACAUGCCAUGCUUCUACGACAACACGAAUCCAUGCAAGAACUGGAAUUCCGCCAGCUGAACACUAUCCAGAAGACAAGGGCCGAACUCAUCCGCCUGCAGCACCAGACAGAGCUCACUAACCAGCAGGAAUACAACAAGAGAAGGGAGCGAGAACUGAGACGGAAGCACGUCAUGGAGGUUCGACAACAACCCAAGAGCCUCAAGUCCAAAGAGCUACAAAUCAAGAAGCAGUUUCAGGACACCUGCAAAAUCCAGACGCGGCAGUACAAGGCACUGAGGAAUCAUCUGCUGGAGACCACACCAAAGUCAGAUCACAAGGCAGUGUUGAAGCAACUGAAACAGGAGCAGCACCGCAAACUCGCCAUCUUGGCAGAGCAGUAUGACCACUCCAUCACUGAGAUGAUGUCCACUCAGGCUCUUCGUCUUGAUGAGACUCAAGUAGUACAAGGCCAAGGCCUCCGGAUGCAGCUUCAGCAAGAGCUGGAGCUUCUUAACGCCUAUCAGAGCAAGAUCAAGAUGCAGACAGACGCACAGCACGACCGUGAAAGGAAAGAGCUGGAGCAAAGGCUGUCGAUACGCAGAGCGCUGCUGGAACAAAAGAUCGAAGAGGAGAUGGUGUCCUUGCAGAAUGAUCGUUCGGAGCGAAUCCGAAGCCUGCUGGAACGUCAAGCACGAGAGAUUGAGGCUUUCGACUCAGAGAGCAUGCGCCUGGGAUUCAGCAACAUGGUGCUAUCAAACGUCUCCCCAGAGGCUCUUGGCCAUAGCUUUCCUGGGUCCCAGGAAAGUUGGGGGCAACGUCAACAGCCAUCAGGGAGCUUUCAUGGGCCACACAGGAGCAGUGGCAUCUUGAGCACAGGCUCAAGCCACCAAAGCAGCAAUCGCCACCAUCACUUAAGUCCUGGGGGUCCAUCUAUGCAGCACAGCUGGGGGCAAGGCAUGCAGGGUGGUGGGGCUCCACAACCUUGGGGCCACCCAUCAGCUGUCUCUCGCAGCAGUGCUGGUGCACAGAACAGCCCCCAAGGAAUGGGGGGGACACAGCCCGGGGGCCACAGUGUGCCGGGCAUGAGCAGGAGUACCAGCGUGACCUCUCAAAUAUCCAACGGAUCCCAUUUUUCCUACACAUAAGUUAAACCGAUGCAAGUCCAACAGUCAGCAGCAACAAAUACCGGGAUGUUGUGUGAAGUGCUUUUCUCAUCGUUGUGGUUCCUGUUUGUCAUCUUCUGGGUGGAGACCAUCGGUGUGUGGCUGUUUCUCUCCAUGUUCUACCAAGACACAGCCUUCUAUCACUGGAGUGAUGGGGUAUUUUCAGAUGAUUCUGGACAGCUGAUAUACAUGUUGAGUAGAGUUGAUACUCACGUGCAGUAAAAGAUGGAGGCCGGUAGAACACGGAGGACUCCUGAAAGAACUCUUGACGUUAGGGCUCUUGCAACCUGCAGGUGGCUGUAGGCUGCGUGCGCAGGCAGGAAGUGAGUCAUCUCCAGCUGCUCGUCGGCGGGACAAGUCAUCUUACAGGGUUUGCUCCCCCCCCCCAAGUCUUGGAAAAUCUAUAUAACAAACUAUCAUGUGAAUCAUGACAUUCAUUGGAGGUCACGCUGGAAAUAACUGAGAGCGGCCUCUGUGCUGUGUUUGUCUUGUUGUGCUGUGUUUACCUGUGUGCUGUUUGUUUGUCUUGUUGUGCUGUGUUUACCUGUGUGCUGUUUGUUUGUCUUGUUGUGCUGUGUUUACCUGUGUGCUGUUUGUUUGUCUUGUUGUGCUGUGUUUACCUGUGUGCUGUUUGUUUGUCUUGUUGUGCUGUGUUUACCUGUGUGCUGUUUGUUUGUCUUGUUGUGCUGUGUUUACCUGUGUGCUGUUUGUUUGUCUUGUUGUGCUGUGUUUACCUGUGUGCUGUUUGUUUGUCUUGUUGUGCUGUGUUUACCUGUGUGCUGUUUGUUUGUCUUGUUGUGCUGUGUUUACCUGUGUGCUGUUUGUUUGUCUUGUGUCAUGAGUGACAUUCCCAGAGCCGUAAAUAAUGCUGAGUCACAUGAUCCCUAAGUGCUGCUGCCCAUCAACCAUCUCCAAGAUCACAGCAGUGAUUGCACUCCGUGAAAAAGGCCGAGCCAUCGUCACGCCAACAUCUGAGGGGGAAACAACGCAAGUGAGGGCCGUCCAUCCCGUGACUGAUCCUGAGUCAGAUCUUUCCAAGCACUGGUGAGGACGCCCACACAUCUGGGGUCCUCCAGCUGCUGGUUAGGAUGUUGUUGAGCACAAAACUCCUGCAGAACCACUCAAGUCUUACUUGCACUUUCAACAUUUAGAAGUAGACACAUCCAGAGGUGCAAACAUCUGUGUCAAUGACUCCUCACAGUUUGUGUCAAAAUAUACCAAAAAAAAUGUAUAACUAAUAAAGUAUUUGCAACCAAAAAUCCUGAUUCGUAACCCAAAAAACUAUUUGAACCCAAAAAGUUGAUUUGCAAGCCGAAAAAUAUUUGCCACCACAAAACGAUGUUUUACUAAAAAAAGAUUUGAAACCAAAAUAAAAUACAUUUUGCGACCAAAAAAAUAUUAAGAAAAGAUUUGCAACCAAAACAAACAAUUUACAAACAAAAAAACAAGAAAAAUUGACCAAACAAUUUAAAAUUUGCAACCCCCCAAAAAAUGUAUGGCCAAAAAACUAUUUGCAACCACGAAAAGAUUUAUCAACAAAAACCAAGAAAAAUAGACCAAAAAAUUGAAGAUUUGCAACCAAGAAAAGUUUUAAAAAAUGUGCAACCCCCAAAAAAAUGUAUGACCAAAAAACUAUUUGCAAGCAAAAAGCCUAAGUUGUAACACAAAAACUAUUUUCACCUAAAAAGAUGAUUCGCAACUAAAGAAAAAAAAACUAUUUGCAACCAAAAAUUCUGAUUCAUAACCCAAAAAACUAUUUUAACCCAAAAAGUUGAUUUGCUAGCAGAAAAAUAUUUGCCACCACAAAACGAUGUUUUACCAAAAAAAUAUUUGAAACAAAAAAAAUACAUUUUGCGACCAAAAAAAUAUUUUGCAACCACGAAAAGAUUUGCAACCAAAAUAAACAAUUUAUCAACAAAAAACAAGAAAAAUAGACCAAAAAAUGGAAGAUUUGUAACCAAAAAAAAGUAUUUUUUGCAACCAAGAAAAGUUUUAAAAAAUUUGAAACCCCCAAUAAAAUGUAUGACCAAAAAACUAUUUGCAAGCAAAAAGCCUAAGUUGUAACACAAAAGCUAUUUUCACCUAAAAAGAUGAUUUGCAACUAAAGAAAAAAACUAUUUGAAACCAAAAAUCCUGAUUCAUAACCCAUAAAACUAUUUGAACCCAAAAAGUUGAUUUGCAAGCAGAAAAAUAUUUGCCACCACAAAACGAUGUUUAACCAAAAAAAGAUUUGAAACCAAAAUAAAAUACAUUUUGCGACCAAAAAAAUAUUAAGAAAAGAUUUGCAACCAAAAGAAACAAUUUACAAACAAAAAAACAAGAAAAAUUGACCAAAAAAUUUGAAAUUUGCAACCCCCAAAAAAAUGUAUGGCCAAAAAACUAUUUGCAACCACAAAACGGUUUGAAACAAAAAAAAAUACAUUUUGCGACCAAAAAAAUAUUUUGCAACCACGAAAAGAUUUGCAACCAAAAGAAACAAUUUAUCAACAAAAAACAAGAAAAAUUGACAAAAAGAUUGAAGAUUUGUAACCAAAAAAAAGUAUUUUUUGCAACCAAGAAAAGUUUUUAAAAAUUUGCAACCCCCAAAAAAAUGUAUGACCAAAAAACUAUUUGCAAACAAAAAGCCUAAGUUGUAACACAAAAGCUAUUUUCACCUAAAAAGAUGAUUUGCAACUAAAGAAAAAAAAACUAUUUUCAACCAAAAAUUCUGAUUCAUAACCCAUAAAACUAUUUGAACCCAAAAAGUUGUUUUGCAAGCAGAAAAAUAUUUGCCACCACAAAACGAUGUUUAACCGAAAAACUAUUUGAAACAAAAAAAAAUACAUAUUGCGACCAAAAAACUAUUUUGCAACCAAAAGAAACAAUUUAUAAACAAAAAACAAGAAAAAUAGACCAAAAAAUUUAAGAUUUGUAACCAAAAAUAAGUAUUUUUUGCAACCAAGAAAAGUUUAAAAAAAAUUCUUUUUGCAACCAAGAAAAGUUUUUUGAAAUUUGCAACCCUCAAAAAAAUGUAUGACCAAAAACUAUUUGCAGCCAAAAAUCCUGAUUCAUAACCAAAAAACUAUUUUAACCCAAAAAGUUGAUUUGCAAGCAAAAAAAUAUUUGCCACCACAAAACGAUUUGAAACAAAAAAAUUAAUUUUGCGACCAAAAAAACAUUUUGCAACCAAGAAAAGAUUUGCAACCAAAAGAAACAAUUUAUAAACAAGAAAAAUAGACCAAAAAUUGAAGAUUUGUAACCAAAAAACUUUUUAUUUUACAGCCAAGAAAAGUUUAAAAAAAUGUCCAACCCCAACAAAUGUAUGACUAAAAAACUAUUUGCAACCCAAAAUCCUGAUUCAUAACCCAAAAAACUAUUUGAACCCAAAAAGUUGAUUUGCAAGCAGAAAAAUAUUUGCCACCACAAAACGAUGUUUUACCAAAAAAGGAUUUGAAACCAAAAAAAAUACAUUUUGCGACCAAAAAAUAUUUUGCAACCAAGAAAAGAUUUGCAACCAAAAGAAACAAUUUAUAAAUAAAAAACAAGAAAAAUAGACCAAAAAAUAGAAGAUUUGUAACCAAAAAAAUAAUAAUUUUGCAGCCAAAAAAAGGUUUUAAAAAUGUGCAACCCCCAAAAAAAUGUAUGACCCAAAAACUAUUUGCAAGCAAAAAUCCUAAAUUGUAACAUAAAAGCUAUUUUCACCUAAAAAGAUGAUUUGCAACUAAAGAAAAAAAAAACUAUUUGCAGCCAAAAAUCCUGAUUCAUAACCCAAAAAACUAUUUGAUCCCAAAAAGUUGAUUUACAAGCAAAAAAAUAUUUGCCACCACAAAACGAUGUUUAACCAAAAAAUUAUUUGAAACACUAAAUGGUCCCUAGUGUGUGAAUGUGAGUGUGAAUGUUGUCUGUCUAUCUGUGUUGGCCCUGUGAUGAGGUGGCGAUAUAAGCGGUAGAAAAUGGACGGAUGGAUGGUUUUGAAACAAAAAAAAAUACAUUUUGCGACCAAAAAACUAUUUUGUAACCAAGAAAAGAUUUGCAACCAAAAAAAACAAUUUAUAAACAAAAAACAAGAAAAAUAGACCAAAAAAUUGAAGAUUUGUAACCAAAAAAAUUAUUUUUUGCAACCAAGAAUAGUUUUUAAAAAUGUGCAACCCCCCAAAAAAAAUGUAUGACCAAAAAACUAUUUGCAACCAAAACUCCUGAUUAAUAACCCAAAAAACUAUUUUACCUCAAAAAGUUGAUUUGCAAGCAGAAAAAUAUUUGCCACCAAAAAACGAUUUAAAACAAAAAAAAAUACAUUUUGCGACCAAAAAACUAUUUUGCAACCAAGAAAAGAUUUGCAACCAAAAGAAACAAUUUAUAAACAAGAAAAAUAGAUAAAAAAAUUGAAUAUUUGAAACCAAAAAACUUUUUAUUUUACAGCCAAGAAAAGUUUAAAAAAAUGUCCAACCCCCAACAAAUGUAUGACCAAAAAACUAUUUGCAACCCAAAAUCCUGAUUCAUAACCCGAAAAACUAUUGUAUCCCAAAAAGUUGAUUUGCAAGCAGAAAAAUAUUUGCCACCACAAAACGAUGUUUUGCCAAAAAAGGAUUUGAAACCAAAAAAAAUACAUUUUGCGACCAAAAAAAUAUUUUGCAACCAAGAAAAGAUUUGCAACCAAAAGAAACAAUUUAUAAAUGAAAACCAAGAAAAAUUGACUAAAAAAUUUAAGAUUUGUAACCAAAAAAAAUUAAUUUUUGCAGCCUAGAAAAGUUUUUUAAAAUUUGCAACAACCAAAAAUGUAUGACCAAAAAACUAUUUGCAAGCAAAAAUCCUAAAUUGUAACACAAAAACUAUUUUCACCUAAAAAGAUGAUUUGCAACUAAAGAAAAAAACUAUUUACAACCAAAAAUCCUGAUUCAUAACCCACAAAACUAUUUAAACCCAAAAAGUUGAUUUGCAAGCAAAAAAAUAUUUGCCACCACAAAAUAAUGUUUCACCAAAAAAUGAUUUAAAACAAACAAAAAUAAAUUUUGCGACCAAAAAACUAUUUUGCAACCAAGGAAAGAUUUGCAACCAAAAGAAACAAUUUAUAAACAAAAAAACAAGAAAAAUAGACCAAAAAAUGGAAGAUUUGUAACCAAAAACAAUUAUUUUUUGCAACAAAGAAAGUUUUUAAAAAUUUGCAACCCCCAAAAAAAUGUAUGACCAAAAAGUUGAUUUUCAACAUGCUAAACACAAAGGAAAAGCUAAACUACUGCUUCUUGUUGAAGUUGUCAUCACACAGAUAAACACAUUUUUGCAUUUUGGAUGAACAUAAAUUGCAUUUUUGUGUUUCUCUGGAAAAAUAAAUUGAAAACAGCACAAAAUCCAAUUUUAUGUCAAUAUUUGAAUAUAAAUAAACCCUUUUUUGUUUGUUUUCAAUUCUGCCAUAU